AUGUCACGCAACUGCCUCAACCUCUCCUUCCCGCAUCUCAACAUCGAACGCCCGCGGUUUGUGGCUGUUGCUGCUGCUGCUGCUGCUGUUGCUGUUGCUGUUGCUGCUGCUGCUGCUGCUACUACUCCUGCAUCGCCCCCCUUGUCCCGUUGCGCGUCCAGCAUCUAUCCCGUCCGGGUGCCUGGCCAGUUGCGAGAUGCCGUUGUCUAA